CCAAACCCAGGACAACAGUGGAGCGUUGAUAGCAGAGGCUGGUAGUGAACGUCAAAGAGUACUUAUCUUGUAGACAGAUCAUGCCAGAGAGAAGAAAACUAAAUACUGAAGGGCUCUCCCAUCACAGUGUGGGGUCAGCCAGGGACAAGGAGGGACAAGGCCCUAGUCUCCAGGGGUGUGAGAGAAAAAUGAAUUGGCGAGAGCUUGUCUCACACAGAAGACAGAAUGCCACUGGCAGCACCAGAAGACUGGGCAGCCAUGCACUUUGUGAAACCACUAGGGCACAUUUGGCUGCUCAGGAAGUCAAAGCCGGCCAGACCUCCCAAUCCACCUGUAGAAGUCUGGAUGCUCUGCAGGCAAGCCAGGCAGUGUCGCUCCCUCUUCUCCAGAAACCAAAGGAAGGAGAACAUCACCCACUCCGGGCGGUCUCUGCUGGCAGGUACAGGACCCCUGCCACGGAGGGCCUUUCCUCGUUACCCAUCAGAGAGAGAUUACAAAGCUUUGUUAAACGUCUGGAGUUAGAGACCAGAAGAGGUUCCCUUAGAAAUCCAAAGGAGGCAUGGACAGAGAAAACUCUUGAGGCAAGAGCACCAGUAGAGACCCAGGGGAAAGAGGGGACAAUGGCAUUCUCUAAUCAGGCAAAUAACCCAGGGAACAAACCUCAAAGCCCUCAAGGUCAGUUACAUAAGGACUUGUGGAAGGACAUAGACUUAAGAUACAGCAUUGCAUCACCAAGGAAAGGCCUACAAAUGGUGUCCUACUGCCCCAAACCUGAAGGCAAUCUUGAAGGCCAUGUCCUUGAGGGAAAAAAGAUCUACCUGAAACCAAGGUCACCAGUGCAGGAAAUGAGCAUGUAUAGUUUGGAGGAGAGCCUGAAGGAAGAAAUACAGACACCAAAGGAGAAAGUUAAGGAGAUGAGAGCUAACCCUAAAGAAAGGGAGGCCCAGUCCCAGUUUUCAAAAGAAAAGGCAUUCCUUCAGAAAAAACUGUGGGAUCUGGGCCCAGCGCCUGUGGGAGGAACCCGUCUACUGGACAAGAAAAAAACCCAAGCCUUGGAGCUGUCGCCCAGAGACCAUCAUUCCAAGUCAGGCCCCAGAACACGCAGACAGAACCUACAGCCACUGGCUCAGGAUGUUCACAAUACGAAGGUCCCAGGAAACGAGUUAAACAUGGAGAAAAGAAAGCUGAGGAGGCAGUGGUGGGACCCCACAGUCUGGGGUUCCCCAAUCACACUGGCCAAGCGUGAACAAUCUCCUCGAAAGACCUGUUCUAAAGUCCACAGUGACCAGGGGAAGUUGAGCUUUCCCACAGGCAGAUCAAGUUUUUAAAACCCUAUUUUUCUGUCUCAAGAACAUUAAAGAUCUCCAUUAUGGCCCUGAGGCUAUGGUUUCUGGCCAGGGCAAUAGCCUGCUCAAAUCCCAAGGCCUCCCAGACAACCCCUACAGGGCACCCUAGAUCUCUCCUCUUCUGGCUGGCCCUCCUGAGACUAUGGCCAUCAUCCCUCUAGGGAAUUUCCUGGGACAUCACACUGGGGUAAUAGAUUGGACACACUGAUUCCAUAGCAAAGCCUGGACGUGGUGACGCGGUGGCACAGCUUACUGGAUGGACUUAGUACUUGACUAGAGAACUUUUGGUGAAAUAUGCUUAUAUCCCAGUCCUGAAAUUUGUAGUCAGAAAUUUAUAAUCAGAUGUAUCAGAAUAAUUUUCAGAAUUUUUAAUAAAUCUUUUUGAGUGUUGGUAUGUAA